GCCGCCCUCGUCGGCCGCAUGGCGCUCCGGGGCUUCUGCCGUGCCGAUGGCUCCGACCCUUUCUGGGACUGGAAUGUCACAUGGUACACCAGCAAUCCUGACUUCACCAAGUGCUUUCAGAAUACCGCCCUUGUGUGGGUGCCUUGUUUUUACCUCUGGGCCUGCUUCCCCUUCUAUUUCCUCUAUCUCUCCCAGCAUGACCGGGGCUACAUUCAGAUGACACAUCUCAACAAAGCCAAAACCGCCUUAGGGUUUUUGCUGUGGAUUGUCUGUUGGGCAGACCUCUUCUACUCUUUCUGGGAAAGAAGUGGAGGUGUGUUCCUGGCCCCCAUGUUUCUGGUCAGUCCAACCCUUUUGGGCAUUACCAUGCUGCUUGCUACCUUCAUAAUUCAGCUUGAGAGAAGGAAAGGAAUCCACUCUUCAGGAAUCAUGCUUACUUUCUGGCUUGUAGCCCUAUUGUGUGCUGCUGCCAUCUUGAGAUCCAAAAUCAUGGCUGCCUUAAAAGAGGAUGCCCGAGUGGAUAUAUUUCGUGACAUCACUUUCUACAUUUACUUCUCCCUUGUGCUGGUUCAGCUUGUGUUAUCUUGUUUCUCAGACCGCUCGCCUCUGUUCUCUGAGACCGUCAAUGACCCUAACCCUUGCCCAGAAUCCGGUGCCUCCUUCCUUUCCAGGAUCACCUUCUGGUGGAUCACAGGGUUGGUGGUUCAAGGCUACCGCCAGCCACUGGAGAGCACGGACCUCUGGUCCCUAAACAAGGAGGACACAUCAGAGCAGGUUGUGCCUGUCUUAGUGAAGAACUGGAAGAAGGAAUGUGCCAAGUCUAGAAAGCAGCCAGUGAAGAUUAUGUACUCCUCCAGGGACCCUGCCAAGCCAAAAGGCUCCAAGGUGGAUGUGAAUGAGGAGGCGGAGGCUUUGAUCGUCAAGUCCCCCCAGAAGGAGCGGAAUCCAUCCCUGUUCAAGGUGUUAUACAAGACCUUUGGGCCCUACUUCCUCAUGAGCUUCUUAUUUAAGGCACUCCACGACCUAAUGAUGUUUGCUGGCCCGGAAAUCUUAAAGCUGCUCAUCAGCUUUGUCAAUGACAAGAAGGCCCCGGACUGGCAGGGCUACUUCUACACGGUGCUCCUCUUCAUCUCUGCCUGCCUCCAGACCCUUGUACUGCACCAGUACUUCCAUAUCUGCUUCGUCAGUGGCAUGAGGAUCAAGACUGCUGUCAUUGGGGCUGUCUACCGAAAGGCCUUGGUGAUUACCAAUUCAGCCAGAAAGUCCUCCACAGUCGGAGAGAUCGUCAAUCUCAUGUCUGUGGAUGCCCAGCGGUUCAUGGACUUGGCCACGUACAUUAACAUGAUCUGGUCAGCCCCUCUGCAAGUCAUCCUUGCUCUCUACCUCCUGUGGCUGAACCUGGGCCCAUCUGUCCUGGCUGGAUUGGCUGUAAUGAUCCUCAUGGUUCCCCUCAAUGCUGUGAUGGCAAUGAAGACCAAGACCUACCAGGUGGCUCACAUGAAGAGCAAAGAUAAUCGGAUUAAGUUGAUGAAUGAAAUUCUCAAUGGGAUGAAGGUACUGAAGCUUUAUGCUUGGGAGCUGGCUUUCAAGGAGAAGGUGUUGGCUAUCAGGCAGGAGGAGCUGAAGGUACUGAAGAAGUCUGCUUACCUGGGAGCCUUGGGGACCUUCACCUGGGUCUGCACACCUUUCCUGGUGGCCCUGUCUACAUUUGCUGUCUAUGUGACCGUUGGCAAGAACAACAUCCUGGACGCCCAGAAAGCUUUCGUGUCCUUGGCCUUGUUCAACAUCCUGCGGUUUCCCCUGAACAUUCUCCCCAUGGUCAUCAGCAGCGUUGUGCAGGCGAGUGUGUCCCUCAAACGCCUCAGGAUCUUCCUCUCUCACGAGGAGCUGGAGCCCGAUAGCAUUGAGCGGCGUCCUGCCAAAGAUGGUGGGGGGACAAACAGCAUCACCAUGAAGAAUGCCACGUUCACCUGGGCCAGGAGUGACCCGCCCACACUGAAUGGCAUCACCUUCUCGGUUCCAGAAGGUUCCUUGGUGGCAGUGGUGGGCCAGGUGGGCUGUGGAAAAUCGUCUCUGCUCUCAGCACUGUUGGCCGAGAUGGACAAAGUGGAGGGGCACGUGGCUCUCAAGGGCUCAGUGGCCUAUGUCCCCCAGCAGGCCUGGAUCCAGAAUGAUUCGCUCAGAGAAAACAUCCUUUUUGGACACCAGAUGCAGGAGCGGUAUUACAAGGCUGUGAUUGAGGCCUGUGCUCUCCUCCCAGACCUGGAGAUCCUGCCCAGUGGGGACCGGACAGAGAUUGGCGAGAAGGGUGUAAACCUGUCUGGGGGCCAGAAGCAGCGUGUGAGCCUGGCCCGGGCUGUGUACUGUGACGCCGACAUCUACCUCUUUGAUGAUCCCCUCUCGGCAGUGGAUGCCCAUGUGGGAAAGCACAUAUUUGAAAAUGUGGUGGGCCCUAAGGGGAUGCUGAAGAACAAGACACGGAUCCUGGUCACACACAGCAUCAGCUACCUGCCUCAGGUGGAUGUCAUCAUCGUCAUGAGUGGUGGCAAGAUCUCUGAGAUGGGCUCCUACCAGGAGCUGCUGGCCCGGGACGGGGCCUUCGCCGAGUUUCUGCGCACCUACGCCAGUGCAGAGCAGGAGCAGGAUGCAGAGGAUGAAGGGUUAACAGGCAGCAGUGGUCCAGCGAAGGAGGCGAAGCUGGAGAAUGGAAUGCUUGUAACAGACACCGCGGGGAAGCAGCUGCAGAGACAGCUCAGCAGCUCCUCGUCAUACAGCGGGGAGACACACAGACACCACAACAGCACCGCAGAGCUCCAGCAAGCCGGAGCAGAGAAGGAGGCCUGGAAGCUGAUGGAGGCAGACAAGGCUCAAACUGGGCAGGUCAAGCUCUCUGUGUACUGGGAUUACAUGAAAGCUAUUGGACUCUUCAUUUCCUUUCUGAGCAUCCUCCUCUUCUUGUGUAACCAUGUUGCUUCCCUGGCUUCUAACUACUGGCUCAGUCUCUGGACUGAUGAUCCUGUCGUCAAUGGGACCCAGGAACACACAAAACUCCGGCUGAGUAUAUAUGGAGCCCUGGGCAUUUCUCAAGGUAUUGCUGUGUUUGGCUACUCCAUGGCAGUGUCCAUCGGGGGCAUUUUUGCCUCCCGCCGCCUGCACCUGGAUCUGCUGCAUAACGUCCUCCGGUCGCCCAUGAGCUUCUUUGAGCGGACGCCUAGUGGGAACCUGGUGAACCGCUUCUCCAAGGAGAUGGACACAGUGGACUCAAUGAUCCCGCAGGUCAUCAAGAUGUUCAUGGGCUCCCUGUUCAAUGUCAUCGGUGCCUGCAUCAUCAUCCUGCUGGCCACGCCCAUUGCUGCUGUCAUCAUCCCGCCCCUGGGCCUCAUCUACUUCUUUGUCCAGAGGUUCUAUGUGGCCUCCUCCCGGCAGCUGAAGCGCCUGGAGUCAGUCAGCCGCUCCCCAGUGUACUCCCACUUCAAUGAGACUCUGCUGGGGGUGAGCGUCAUCCGUGCCUUUGAGGAACAGGAGCGCUUCAUUCACCAGAGUGACCUGAAGGUGGACGAGAACCAGAAGGCCUACUACCCCAGCAUCGUGGCCAAUAGAUGGCUGGCCGUGCGGCUGGAGUGUGUUGGCAACUUUAUCGUGCUCUUUGCGGCCCUGUUUGCGGUGAUCUCCCGGCACAGCCUCAGUGCUGGUUUGGUGGGCCUCUCUGUGUCUUACUCGUUGCAGGUGACCACAUACUUGAACUGGCUAGUACGGAUGUCGUCUGAGAUGGAAACCAACAUAGUGGCCGUGGAGAGACUCAAGGAGUAUUCAGAAACUGAGAAGGAGGCUCCCUGGCAAAUUGAGGAGACGGCUCCGCCCAGCACCUGGCCUCAGGUGGGCCGAGUGGAAUUCCGGGACUAUGGCCUGCGUUACCGAGAAGACCUGGACUUAGUGCUCAAGCACAUCAAUGUCACUAUUGAUGGGGGAGAGAAGAUUGGUAUCGUGGGGCGAACGGGAGCUGGGAAGUCAUCCCUGACCCUGGGCUUGUUUCGGAUCAACGAGUCUGCCGAGGGACAGAUCAUUAUUGAUGGCAUCAACAUUGCCCAGAUUGGCCUGCACAGUCUCCGCUUCAAGAUCACCAUCAUCCCCCAGGAUCCCAUUUUGUUUUCGGGCUCCCUCCGCAUGAACCUGGACCCAUUCAACCAGUACACAGACGAAGAGGUCUGGAUGUCACUGGAGCUGGCUCACCUGAAAAGCUUCGUGUCCUCCCUUCCAGAUAAGCUGAACCAUGAGUGUGCAGAAGGCGGGGAGAACCUAAGUGUCGGACAGCGCCAGCUUGUGUGCCUGGCCCGGGCUCUGCUGAGGAAGACGAAGAUCCUGGUGUUGGAUGAGGCCACGGCAGCUGUGGACCUGGAAACGGACAACCUUAUACAGUCCACCAUCCGGACCCAGUUUGACGACUGCACUGUCCUCACCAUUGCUCACCGGCUCAACACCAUCAUGGACUACACAAGGGUGAUUGUCCUGGAUAAAGGGGAGAUCCGAGAGUGUGGCUCCCCCUCCGACCUCCUGCAGCAGAGAGGCCUGUUCUACAGCAUGGCCAAAGAUGCCGGCUUGGUGUGA